GAAAACAUUUUGUCAUUGGUGUUCGCCGGCGUUCCGGAAGAGGAGAAAACUGUUGAUCCGAUAGUUGAAGCAUUAAACUCCGCUGUACGAAAUCUUGGAUUAAUAUAUAACAAAGACCAGAUCCAGAAGUGUAUGGAGUUGUAUGAACAGCUGCAGCAACGUACGGGCGUGGCAAUAGUCGGACCGCCCGGCUCCGGGAAGUCUACCAUCAGAAGAAUACUUAAAGCUGCGUUGUCCCAGCGCGGGCAGAGCGUGGCGGAGUACGUGUUGUACCCGAAGGCGAUGAGCCGGCGCUGGCUGCUGGGACACAUCGACCCCGACACGCGCCACUGGAGCGACGGCGUCAUCUCCACCGUCGCGCUGCAGCUCGCCGCGCACCCGCACGAGAUGUGUUCGUGGGCGGUGUGCGACGGCGACGUGGAGCCGGAGUGGGUGGAGGCGCUGAACUCGGUGCUGGACGACAACCGGCUGCUGACGCUGCCGUCGGGCGCGCGCGUGCUGCUGCCGCGCGGCGCGCACUUCCUCUUCGAGACGCACGCGCUGCACCACGCCUCGCCCGCCACCGUCUCCCGGCUCGGCAUCGUGCUGCUCAGUGAGGAGCACAGUUGCGCGGAGGAAGUGUUGGAAAGUUGGCUGCGUAAAGCGGAAUUCGAAUCCGAGUUGGGGAAAUUAGCAUUACCGCUAUUGCAUCAAACUACUAAGAAAUGCAUAGAGUGGUUUGAUAAACACAAAUCUGAUGUCACUAUGAAGAUUUACACUGUUACCAUGGUGAAUCAAAUAUUAACUCAGUUCGAAUACGUAAUGGAAAACGACGCUUCCAACGUCGGUAUAUCUCCAGAAGAAUUAGUCUAUUUGGCAAUACAUCGAAGCGUUUUAGGCAUUAUAAAGGAGAGUGCUCUUGACGCCUUUUAUACAGAGAUAUCAUGUGUGGAGUGUGUGGCGGGUGGUGGGGGCGGGGCGCGAACGGCGGGCGGGCAGUGGGCGGAGACGCUGUACGUGUCUGCGCGCCUCGCGCACUGCGACCUCGUGCUGCGCGCGGCGCUGGCGCGGCGAGCGCACAUCCUGCUCAUAGGACCACAAGCAUGCGCUAAAAAGUAAUUUAAAUAACAAAUGAUUAUAUUGAUUUUUUUUUAACACUAAGCUUGCUAACAUUGUAAGUGAUUUAAGUAAUAAAUUAUUUGAUUGCCCAAUUCCCU